GUGUUUUUUCCUACCCAAGGGAUUACACCAUAUUUUUUUUUUUUGUUGUUUUGUUGUCCUUAAAAAUACCUGGGCGCUCUUCAGAUGAUUAGCCUCCAGAAAUGUGUAUGACCAGGGCGCCUUACAAAUGUUUGUGCCCCCUGUGUGGUGGUGGACUUACCCUUACACAUUCCCUGUAAAAAUCAGGGCUGUAACCAGGUCGCCUAUCAGAUGAUUGUGCCUCCUGUGUGUUGUAGCUGGCGGCCGCUGCGCUCCUCCGUGUUCGGCAGGGGGGGCGCGAUGUGAUGACGUCAUCAGCGGCGCCGGUGGAACGCAUGCAGGCGUUGGAACGCAGACGCGCGUCAUAUCCGGGGAAAGGAAUGCCUUUUAAGCCAGCAAGCAUGGCGGGUUGUUGCCGCUCCCAGGGGUACUGCUGGUGGCCCGUGCUGGUCCCGUGCAUAGCGUUCCAACUCUGCCACAAUGGCUGACACUGCUUUAGAAAAGGAAAAGGGAAAAACAAAAGAGAAGGCUAAAACUAAAGAAAAUUUAUCUGAAUCUCCUAAGGGGAAGAAAGAGAUAAAGAAACCAGUCUCCAUAUCUUGUUUUGGAUGUGAUAUAAAAUUUAACCCUGUGGAAGGUGAAAAAUUAUGCAGUACAUGUAAAGGGAAACUUAAAAACCCUGUCAGUUCCCCAGAAGGGGCUGAAGGACUAGUGUCCUGGAUGAAAGGAGCUAUGAUGCAGGCUUUUGAGUCUUUUAAGCAACAAAAGCCAAAUAAAUUUAUGAGGAUUUUUCAUCUGAUACAUCAUUUGGGGAAGGUACCUCAAAGUUAAAAUAUGAACCUGAGUCAGAGGAAGGAGAAAUUUCAGAAUCUGAAGAUUUUUUUCCUGUUGAUGAUAUAGGGGCCCUAAUUGCAGCAGUCAGAGAUACAAUGGGGUUAGAAGAGUCUUCUGAGCCCCCUAAAAAAUCAAGUAAAUUGUUUGCAAACAUAAGUAAGCGUAAACCAUCUUUUCCAGUGGAUGAAGCUAUUAAGAACAAAAUUAAAAGUCAGUGGUCUGUAUUAGAUAAGAAAUGGGCCCCGCAAAAGAAGUUUUAUUCUCUUUUUCCCUUUGAGGUUGAGGAUACAAAAUUUUGGGAUGUACCUCCAAAAUUGGAUCCUCCGGUAGCCCAAACUAUCAAGAGAACAACUUUACCGUUAGAAGACAGUACUGGUCUCAAGGAUGCUAUGGAUAGAAAGGCGGAGGGGGCCCUAAGGAAAACCUAUUUGGCAGCAGCAGCAGGUUUCAAGCCGGCAAUAGCGGCGGCUUCAGUGGCAAGAUCCCUUAAGGUCUGGAUCCUGCAACUAGAGAAAGCUUUAAAGAAAGGAGUACCAAGAGAAAAUCUUUUAGCAGAUUUGCCUAUGGUGAUCUCGGCCUCUGAUUUUUUGACUGAAGCUGCUUUAUCUUCAGUGGAUAUAUUGGCUAAAACUACAGCAUUUGCUACCUCAGCUAGAAGGGCUCUAUGGCUUAAGCCCUGGGUGGCAGAUAUAGCCUCCAAAAACCGCCUGCUUAAUCUUCCAUUUGAGGGAGAAAAACUUUUUGGAUCCCAGCUGGAACUUCUAGUGGAAAAGAAGUCUGAUGAUAAGGUGAGAAGCUUACCUCAAGACAAGAGACCAUACAAGCGACCUUCCUUUCGGGGUUUCAGAACCUCUUACAAAUAUAGACAGGACUGGAGGAGUGGAAAAACAUCAGGGGAUAGAAAUUAUACCCAAUCUAGAGGAAGACCCUCAAGAGGAAGGGGCCGUCCAUAUUUCAAUCAAAAACCUUUCUCAGCAUGACGCCUUGCCAGUUGGAGGAAGAUUGAAGGGGUUCAUUCAGGAAUGGGAAAAAAUCACCUCAGACGAAUGGGUGUUACAAAUAAUAGACCUAGGAUAUUCAAUAGAAUUCUAUGGUCUUCCUCCAACAAGAUUUAUAGAAACUUGCUUACCAAAACAAAGGGUUGCAAAACAAGCCAUGGAAUUAGCAAUCCAAGAAUUCAAAGAAAUGAAAGUAUUGAUUCAGGUACCCCAAAAAGAAAAAUUCAGCGGGGUCUACUCCCCAAUCUUCCUUGUACCAAAACCGAACGGGGAAUACAGAACCAUCAUAGAUCUAAGAUAUUUAAAUCAAUUCAUAUUCAAGAAAAAGUUCAAAAUGGAAUCAAUAAGAUCCACCCUGUUAGCGCUUCGCAAAGGGGAUGUGAUGUGCACUUUAGACCUAAAAGACGCCUACCUUCAUAUUCCCAUAAGGAAAUGUCACCAAAAAUUCUUAAGGGUAGCCAUAAAGGGACCUGCAGGAACAGAACACCUUCAAUUCACAGCCCUGCCGUUUGGAAUAUCGAGUACACCCAGAGUCUUUACAAAGGUAAUGGUAGUAGUCGCAGCAUACUUAAGAACUCAAGGUAUUGCUAUUAUUCCUUAUCUGGACGAUUGUCUACUAAAAGCAGAGACCGAUUUAGUGUUGCAAAGAAAUCUAUUCAAAACAAUAGAAGUUUUUUCAGUCAUUGGGCUGGUUAAUAAAUUGGGGAAAAUCCAAUCUAAAUCCUGCAAAAGAGAUAAAAUUUUUGGGAAUGGUGUGGAACACACAAGAAGGAAGAAUUUUCCUCCCUCCAGAAAAAAGGUUAAAAAUCAGAGACAGAGUGCACAAGUUUCAAAACAGGAAAUUCUCUUCAAUAAAGCAAGGUCUAGAAAUCUUGGGUCUUUUUUCAGCAGUAUUAGAAGCAGUUCCAUGGGGACGUGCCCAUAUGAAAGAUCUGCAAAGAUAUAUAAACUCAGUUUGGGAUCAUCAAAAGGCAUCGCUCAGAAGGAAACUUUAUGUUCCACCGGAAAUAAAGAAAUCUCUCAAUUGGUGGUUACACCCAAGGAACCUUUCAAAAGGUUCAGCCCUAUUUCCAGUUCCUCCCCUAGUCAUCACAACAGACGCAAGUGGCAAAGGUUGGGGAGCACAUUUAGGAAAUCUGGUAGAGCAGGGAAGCUGGGAAAAAGGUAUUGCUCAUCAGGCAGCAAACUCCUUAGAGUUGGAAGCAGUAUGGAGAGCCCUGCUUGCCUUCAAAACUAUUGUAAAAGACCAAAAUGUUCUAAUACAUACAGACAAUGUGGCAACAGCCUACUACAUAAAUCACCAAGGAGGUUCCAGAAGCAAAGACCUGGGAAUGAGAGUCAAAAAGAUCAUGUGCUGGGGAGAAAAAAAUCUAAAAAGUAUACUAGCACGCCAUAUUUCGGGGCACAGCAAUAUCAGAGCAGACUUUUUAAGUCGCAGGUUGAUACUUCCCGGAGAGUGGAGUUUAGAUCCAGAAACAUUUCUUCAGAUCUGCAAGGUUUGGGGUUCUCCAGUAAUAGACCUCAUGGCCUCAAAGUACAAUGCAAAGCAUCAAAGAUUCUUUUCCCUUACAGCAGGCCAAGGCGAGGAAGCAGUGGAUGCACUAGCCCAAUCAUGGGAUUUCAGCCUAGCAUAUAUCUUUCCACCUAUCCCUAUGUUAGCAAGAGUGAUCAAGAAAGUUGCACUUUGCUCAACAGAAGUGAUUCUAAUAGCUCCUGCCUGGCCCAGAAGGAGUUGGUACUCCAGCCUCCUCCAACUUUCUGUCAGUCCUCCUUGGCCACUUCCAGUGAAGGAAAAUCUCUUACACCAGGGACCAAUUUUUCAUCCAAACCCUGCAGCUCUUCAGCUCACAGCAUGGAGACUGAAAGGGAUGUUAUGAGAGCACAAGGGAUAUCUGCACCAGUCAUUGAAGUCCUGUUGCAGAGCAGGAAAGAAAUUACAAAUAAAAUUUAUCAAAGAAUUUGGUCUCGUUUCAGGAAGUGGUGCUCAGAUAAGAAACUAACUCCAGAAGACGUUCCAGUGUCAAUCAUUUUAGAUUUUCUACAUGAUGGCUUUAGGAAAAAAUUAGCUCCAAAUACACUUAAGGUGCACAUUGCGGCCAUAUCAGCUUUCAAGAACAUAUCCUUAGCGGAGCAUCCAUUGAUCAAAAGAUUUGUCAAGGCUGUUCAAAAUAUUAGACCUAAGACAAAUAACCUAACUUCAAAUUGGGACUUAGACAUUGUGUUAAGAGCCUUACAAAAUGUUCCCUUUGAACCCUUGGAAGAAGCUUCCCUGUAUCAUCUUUCCAUUAAAACAGUAUUUUUAGUGGCAGUUUGUUCAGCCAGACGCAUAGGAGAACUGCAAGCUUUAUCAUGUAAAGAUUCGUGUCUACAGGUUUUUCCAGACAGGGUCAUCCUCAAAGCAGAUCCCUUGUUUAGACCUAAAGUCUCAUCUAAUUUUCAUAGAAACUUUGAAGUCAUUCUUCCAGUUUUUUUUGCAGAACCAAAAAAUAAAGUGGAGGAAAAGCUACACUUGCUGGAUGCCAGAAGAUGUGUUUUGUUCUAUUUAAACAAGGUAAAACCUUUUCGUGUAUCUCAUAACCUUUUCAUUUCCUUUUGGGGAAAGAACAAGGGGAAACGUGCCUCAAAAUCUUCCAUUUCCAGAUGGAUAAAACAGGCAAUUUCCUUAGCCUAUUCUGCUUCAGGGAAAUCAGUACCUCCAAACCUCAAGGCUCAUUCUACCAGAGCAGUGUCAGCCUCACAGGCAGAAGUUGGAGGCGUGUCAGUGGACCAGAUAUGUAGAACAGCUUCGUGGGCAAGUUUCAGAACAUUUGCAGAGCAUUACCGACUGAACGUGGAUGUCAUCUCUCUCUAGUAAGUGCUGCCUUCGGGACUGAGGGAAAAGGAAUUUACGUAAGUAUAAAUCCGUUAUUUCUCUAUUUCAACAUCUGACAUGUUGUCUUUCUAUUAUUUAAUAUAGCAUUUAAAUCAUUUGCAUAGCAUCCCAUUCUCACUUUAUUUAUAUUUUACAGUGUCUUUUUUUCGAAACAGGCUUGUGUAACACAGUGAUAACCACUGUAAACUGCAGCACUUAUAUUUUUUUAUUUGUGUCUGUAUAUUACCCACCCAAUUAGAUUGUAAGCUCUACAGGGCAGGUAUUGCCUUUAUGUUGUGUUUUUAGCACUUGGCAUCUUUAAUGUAUCUCUACUGUAUUUGUAUUAUUGUAUUAAACCCUUUUAGUUCUAUGAAAUUAUUGUUCUGCUGUACAGUUGUCUGUGCAUAAGUAGUUCUUCAUAAAUAAAAAAUACAUUUACAUAGCCUGUUAAAGUCAAGGGAAAGCAGACCUCAAAAGCAGUAACUAUGCAGUUCAUAUUAUUGUUUGUUGGGUUUGGCAUUUGUUCCUUAGGAGAGUUUUAACUGAAUUUUUAUCUGAGAAAAUUGCUGUUCAAUGGACCACUUUUGUGAGAUCGUGGAGUAGAGUUUUCCUAUCAUAACAAUUUAUCAAAGCAACAAUUUGAAGUUGGGUUAAAGGAGAAGGAAAGGCUAGUAAAGAGUUAAUCUCAAGCUGCAGGCAUACAUUCAGUUGUCUCA